GUAACAGUCCACCUCGUCUUAGUCCAACUCUAACCUAAUUCCCCAAGUCUCCCAUUCCCAACUAGUUCAUCCCCUUCUUCUUCAUCCUCCUUCUCCUUCUCCAUUGCCGACGCCCUCCUCGCUCUCGCAGCAGUGAGACGAGGCGAGGCGACGUGACUGGGCGAUGGUGUUCAAGGCGCGCUUCUUCUCGUCAAAGAAGUCCGAUUCUUCCUCCAGCCCCGACGGAUCCAACAGCCCCGGUGGCUCCGCCUUCAACUCCCCCUCCUCCGCCAGAUCCGAUAAGAAGAAAUCUAAAUCCCCCUCCACGGUCCCCUCCCAUACCCUCAUCCGCGACGCCGUCGAGAAGCACCACCUGCAGCAGCAGCUGCACAAGAAGGAGGAUAAGGAUGGCAAGUUGUCCAAGGGGAAGGAGGUUGCCGAUUCCCUCUCACCAAAACCUUCCCCUCCGACUGCCACCUCCGCCCCAACCAAGCUCCGCCGAAUGCAGGCGACGGUGGCCGUGGAGGCCAAGGACGCAACCGGAACGCCGCCUGUCGCAUCCUUCUCCCCGAUCCUGGCUUCCUCGCUUGGACUUAACCGGAUCAAGACUAGAUCCGGGCCGUUGCCGCAGGAGGGCUUCCGUGGAGAGCAUAGGAUUUCUGGCAUCGGGAGCAGCAACUUGUCCAGAGGCGCUGGGUUUAGUUCGAUUCCUGGAGGAAAGAACAUUGGCGAUAGUAGUAGCAGGUCGAAGAAGGAUGGAAGGACCUUAGGCAAGGUCGCCGAGUCGUCUACUAGCUCUUGGGCUGAUCGUAACGCAAGCGGGAUGAAUCAUUGGUCAACAGUCAGUGCAGAUGCUUCGUUUGAGCGGCAGAGUAACAUUGGCGAAGUUAAUGUAUCACGGGGUAAAUACGAUGAUUUGAAAAGCAAUGCUACAUUUGCCUCAGAAGUGGAGUCCCGAUAUGAUGCUUGUGAAACGCCAAAGGAAUCAGAAUCUCCUCGCUUUAAAGAAAUAAUGCAGGCUACCAGUGCACCAAGAAAGAAGCCUGGAGAUGUGAAAAGUUUUUCCCAUGAGCUAAGCUCCAAAGGAGUACGCCCAUUUCCAUUUUGGAAGCCUCGAAGUACAUACAACUUAAAGGAAGUUUUGAAAGUUAUUCAGGUGAAAUUUGAGAAAGCAAAGGAGGAAGUGAACUCAGAUCUGGCAAUUUUUGCUGGUGAUUUGGUUAGUAUAAUGGAGAAAAAUCUAGAAAAUCAUCCUGAGUGGAAAGAAAUUUUGGAGGAUUUGUUGAUACUUGCUCGGAGCUGUUGUGUUAUGACACCUGGUGAAUUCUGGCUUCAAUGUGAAGGCAUAGUUCAGGAUUUGGAUGACCGUCGCCAAGAGCUUACCUCAGGAAUGCUUAAGAAACUACAUACGCACAUACUUUUUAUCCUUACUAGAUGCACAAGGUUGCUACAAUUUCACAAGGAACAUGGGUUUCCUGAGGAUGGGAUGAUUAUGGAUCCAGGAUCGAAAAUCAUGCAUUCUGCUGAAGUAGCAUCUGUCCCUCCCAAAGAUGGUAAAUAUAACAGGUCUGAAAAGAACUCUGCAGAGGCAGCUGUUUCAAGGAAGUCCCAUAGUCAAGAGCAACAUAAUUUAAAAUGGAAAAGAAGCCAAGAGAUAAAGCCUGUUGAUUUCUUCUCAGAAGAUAUAGCAAAGGACGAUCCAUUUUCUACCAGGGAGCGAAUAUCUUCUUGGAAGCCUCUACCUUCACCGGCAACAAAGAACCAGAAAGAGUUUAACCCAAUGGUUGAGAAAUCACUCAAUGCUAAAACUGACUCCUUAAAUUCAGAAAGGUCUUUAGAUGAAAGGUUGAUCAUGUCUAGCACACCUGAGCCAGAUACAGUAAUCCCUGUUGAUGUGCCCAGGCCUAAAUCUAAUUCUUCCAAGCAUCAACACCCAGUUUCAUGGGGCUGGGCUGAUCAGCAGAGUAUUUCUGAAGAGGGAUCAAUUAUGUGUCGCAUUUGUGAGGAGUAUGUUCCUACUUUAUAUGUGGAAGAACACUCAAAGGUAUGUACUGUUGCUGAUAGAUGUGACCAGAAAGGCUUGAGUGUUGAUGAGCGUCUCAUUAGAAUAGCUGAAACAUUAGAGAAGAUGAUAGACUCUUAUGGUCUAAAAGAUGUACAUAAUAUCAAUGGGAGCCCAGAUGUUGCAAAAGUUUCUAAUUCAAGUGUAACUGAAGAAUCUGAUAUUCCUUCUCCAAAACUAUGUGAUUGGUCACGGUUAGGUUCAGCUGAUAUGUUUGAUUGUCUUCAUGAGUCUGAGAAUCCUCUUCUAUUUGAUGACCUGAAAAAUCUCCCAUCAAUGACUUGCAAGACCCGUCCUAGUGCAAAAUCUGAUCAGGGAAUGGCUACUUCAUCAGCUGGCAGCAUGACCCCACGAUCCCCUUUAAUGACACCGAGGGCUACUCAUAUAGACAUGCUUUUGACUGGGAAGAAUGCUGUUUCUGAGGGUGAUGAUCUUCCACAGAUGAAUGAACUUGCUGAUAUUGCUCGCUGCAUAGCGAAUGCUUCAGCAGAUGGAGAAGGGUCCUUGAAUUAUUUAGUUUCUUGUUUAGAAGACCUACAAGAAGUUAUGAAUCGGCGUAAGCUUGAGGCACUUACUGUGCAAACUUUUGGAACACGUAUUGAGAAGCUCCAUCGUGAGAAGUGCUUACAGCUUUGCGAUUCAGUAGCUUCACUUGAUAUGGAAAAGGCUGAUGUGUUAAGUACUGUGAUGGAUGAGGAAGAUGAUGUAGUUCGGAGUUUACGAGCAAGUCCUGUUCAUCAUCAUGCCAGCAAGGAUAGAACUUCUAUUGAUGAUUUUGAAAUCAUCAAGCCCAUCAGUCGUGGAGCUUAUGGCCGGGUUUUCUUGUCCAAGAAAAGAACUACAGGAGAUCUCUUUGCAAUAAAGGUCUUAAAAAAAGCAGAUAUGAUACGCAAAAAUGCUGUUGAGAGUAUAUUGGCUGAACGGAACAUUCUAAUUUCAGUUCGCAAUCCUUUUGUGGUUCGAUUCUUCUAUUCUUUCACCUCUCGGGAGAAUUUGUAUCUUGUGAUGGAAUACUUGAAUGGUGGAGAUCUAUACUCGUUAUUGAGAAAUUUAGGUUGCUUGGAUGAUGACGUUGCUCGUGUUUACAUAGCAGAAGUAGUGCUUGCAUUGGAAUACUUGCACUCAUUACAUGUGGUGCAUCGUGAUCUGAAGCCAGAUAAUCUAUUGAUUGCUCGUGAUGGCCAUAUUAAGUUGACCGACUUUGGUCUUUCCAAGGUUGGUCUUAUUAACAGCACGGAUGAUCUAUCUGGGCCUGCUGUUAGUGGGACAUCAUUAUAUGGUGAAGAUGAACCCCAGGUUUCUGUGUCUGAGCAAUUGAACCAGCGUGAUUCUCGCAAGAAACGGUCUGCUGUUGGCACACCUGACUAUUUAGCACCAGAAAUACUUCUAGGAACAGGACACGGUGCUAGUGCAGAUUGGUGGUCUGUUGGUGCCAUUCUCUUUGAGCUUAUUGUUGGAAUUCCACCAUUCAAUGCAGCGCAUCCACAGAAAAUUUUUGACAAUAUUUUGAAUCGUAAAAUACCUUGGCCCCGAGUACCUGAAGAGAUGAGUUGUGAAGCAUAUGAUCUUAUUGACAAAUUAUUGACUGAAGAUCCUCAUCAAAGACUCGGAGCGAGAGGCGCAUCAGAAGUGAAGGAACAUAUGUUUUUUAAGGAUAUCAAUUGGGACACACUAGCGAGACAGAAGGCUGCAUUUGUUCCUUCAUCUGAUAAUGCACUAGAUACCAGCUAUUUCACUAGUCGUUAUUCUUGGAAUCCUUCAGAUGAACAGAUAUAUGAAGCCAGUGAAUUUGAAGAGUCUAGUGAUAAUGGAAGUAUAAGUGGAAACAGUAGUUGUACAAGCAACAAUCAUGAUGAACUGGGCGAUGAAUGUGGAGGAAUUGCUGAAUUUGAUCCCAACUCGUCCGUUAAUUAUUCAUUUAGUAACUUCUCUUUCAAGAAUCUGUCGCAGCUUGCAUCAAUCAACUAUGAUAUUCUCAGCAAGGGUUUCAAGGAAGAUCCUCGAACCAAACCUGAAACUUAAGUUGGCCUUUUGAAUGUUGUUUGAUCGAAACAUUUUUCUGAAAGAAAAAAAAAUACUUAAUCUCUCAUGUACAUCUUGUAAAUAUUACAGUCUCAGGAAAAACUGCAGGAUGGUGUCUUUCACCAUCCUGCUGCUGCAGUGGCUGCCUACGAUAUCAGUGUAGCAAAGAAUCCUUUUUUGAUUCUGUAUGACUCGUUCUCCACCAGAAUAGCUUUGCCAAUGAGAAUAUCCGUCCGACGAUAUUGUCAUUUAUCAUCAAGAUAUCGCAGAUAUUCCCUUGGAUCGAUAAUGUCUCCACCUAGGCAUGAUGCUUUCUUCUGCCUCCUCGCAUGGUAUGCAAAGGGGGAAUAGAGCCCUGUAAAAGGGAGUGAGAAGGGUGAAGACUGGCCCUCUAAUGGUUUAAUGGACCAUAUUUAUGCACCCUUGCAAGAAAAUGAGAUCACAAGCCUUCUGGCUUAUUUCAGUCCUUGUUCGUCCAUGUAUACCAAAAUAUGCAUGUCACAUUUUUCAUGUUAAUGCAUUCGAUUUUGUGCAUGUUGUCCUUGUCCCUGCAUCACUGGAUGUAUGAGUUAUCAGAUUAAAGGUUAUAAAUUAGAUUAUUAGUUAGAUUACUCAAUAAAAGGGUUGAGUAUAUCAGAUAAAUAAGUUUGAAUAUUAAUUGGAUUGUUUUCA